AUGUACAAGAUGAAUUGGGAUGCUGCUCUUAACCAAUCCAGGGGCCUAAUUGGAAUUGGAGGACUAAUAAGAGACAGUAAGGGACAAGUUCUAGGAUUUCUCAGAGCAAAAAGAAGCCUCAUAGUAUCCCCUUUUGUAGCAGAAGCAUAUGCCAUGAUGAUGGCAGUCCUUUUCUAUAAAGAGGCUGGUUUCCAGACCAUCAUAUUCGAAGGAGACUCACUGCAGGUUGUAGAAAGGAUGCAUAAGUCAAAAGGUGAUUGGAGUCAGGGUGGUUUAAUAAUUGAAGACACAAAAAAGGUGCUAGAAGACUUUGUUUCUUGGAAAUUUAGCCAUACCAAGAGGGAUUCUAACAUGGCAGCACACGAAUUAGCCAAGAAUGCCCUCUUGAGUGAUCAAGAUCUCUAUGUGUUAGAGGAGAUUCCUAGUUGUAUUAGACAUGUAGUUCAGCUAAAAGUUUUGUAA